GGGGGGGGGCAGUCCCGGUCCCGGCCCUCCGCGCGGGUGGGCUUGGAGCAGGCCGCACCGGGCGGGAACCCCACUCCCACCCCGGAGGCCCCCUGCCCUUUCUCCCCUUUUCCCCCCGGCCCAUGGUGCGAGGCUGGGAGCCGCCGCCCGGGCCGGACUGCGUUUGGAGCCUUGUAGACUGCCUGCGAAAUGGAGGAUAGGAGAAACGUUUCCUUCCCAGGCCUCUCCUCCUCCCCCAACGACUACCUCCUGACGACCUCAACACACGUACAGAAAUCUGACCUUACUUCUGGGGAGCAGUGGUCUUUGGGAAUGAAAGCUAUCUCUGAAGGGCACAAAUCAGAAAGCACCAUGCCUCCUAAUAAAGAGGCCAGCAGUCUUAAUAGCUCCCCGGCGGGGCUCAUCUGCCUCCCUCCAAUCUCCGAGGAGCUACAGCUUGUGUGGACCCAAGCAGCCCAGACCAGUGAGCUGGAUGGCAAUGAACACUUGCUACAAACCUUCAGCUACUUUCCCUAUCCCAGUCUAGCAGACAUUGCCCUUCUCUGCUUACGCUAUGGGCUGCAGAUGGAGAAAGUCAAGACUUGGUUCAUGGCCCAGCGCCUCCGCUGUGGCAUUAGCUGGUCAUCUGAAGAAAUAGAAGAGACUCGAGCCCGAGUGGUCUACCAUCGGGACCAGCUCCAUUUCAAAUCCCUUCUCUCUUUUACUCAUCAUGCAGGGCGGCCCCCAGAGGAGGUGCCUCCUUCUCCGAUGCCACCUCCAGAACAAGUGGGUCUUGGAAUAGUGCCCCUGACUCUUAGUGAGCCCACCCAGAUGAAAGGAUUGAAGGUGGAGCCUGAGGAGUCCUCAGAGCUGCUGAGUCACCAGAAAGCAAAGGAACCCCUGGUGGCACCUGGCAGUGGGACAUUCCCCCACCAAUCCGAUUAUUGGCAGAAUCUUCAAAGCAGUGGCUUCUCUAAGGAGCAGGCAGGCAGGGGUCCCAACCAGUCACAUGGCCUAGGUUCUGCUUCAUGGAAUCACUCCGCAGCUGUCCACCAGCCACAUGCUCGGGAUAAGCCCCCACCAGUCUCACUACUUGCUAGUAGUUGUAAGCAGGAGUCAGCAUCUAAUAUGACUCCUCCUUCUUCCUCUACCUCUUCUUCCACUUUCCCGGUACUGGCUAACGGAGCUACUGCCACCUCUAAACCCCUCCAGUCACUGGGCUGUAUCUCACAGCCACUGUCACCCAAUGAACAGGCACUGCCCCCACAUCUGGAGCCAGCCUGGCCCCAAGGGCUAAGACAUAACUCAGUAUCAGGUAGGGUUGGCCCUGCAGAGUACCUUUCCCCAGAUAUGCAACGCCAGCGAAAGACCAAGCGCAAAACCAAAGAGCAGCUGGCUAUCCUCAAAUCUUUUUUUUUACAGUGCCAAUGGGCACGGCGUGAGGAUUACCAUAAAUUAGAACAGAUCACUGGCUUACCUCGACCUGAGAUCAUUCAGUGGUUUGGUGACACACGCUAUGCCUUGAAGCAUGGGCAACUAAAAUGGUUUCGGGACAAUGCAGUACCUGGUGCCCCUAGUUUCCAGGACCCAGCAAUUCCCACACCCCCACCUUCAACCCGCUCCUUGAGUGAAUGGGCUGAGACACCACCUCUGCCGAACCCCCCACCCCCACCGGAUAUACGACCCUUGGAGAGGUACUGGGCAGCCCAUCAACAGCUACGGGAAAGUGAUAUCCCUCAACUGAGUCAGGCAUCAAGGCUUAGCACCCAGCAGGUACUGGAUUGGUUUGACUCUCGAUUACCUGAGCCAGCUGAGGUGGUGGUUUGUCUAGAUGAAGAGGAGGAAGAGGAGGAGGAAGAACUGCCAGAAGAUGACGAGGAUGAAGAGGAGGAGGAGGAGGAGGAGGAAGACGAGGAUGACGAUGAUGAUGUGAUCAUACAGGACUGAGUCGGGGGGACUAGGGGAGGGAAGGUCUGUUACUAAAAGAUGAACCAACUUAGUAACUGUUUAAACAAAGAAACCACAUUUUUUAAAAAUUACCUUGUGGCAAAGAACUGAAAAGCUUCGUGUUCUUGAGGUUGGGGAAUCCGGGAUGUAGUGAGGGUGGACCAGGGAGGAUGACCAUAGGACCCAAAGAGAGGUGGGGAUUGGAUGAGCAGAAAUCAGGCCUCUCGUCUCAAUGAAGAGAGUGCUAAGGAUCUGGUCCAAACCAUGGGUUGGGAAAAGGCUUUUGCUCUCUUCGUGUCUGCUGUUCUUUUCCCUUAGUGUACUAUGGAGAGCCCAGACCUUGGCCCCACAUCUAUAAGAGGACUGAAAAGGAGGAGUAAAGAAUUUUGAUUCAAUUGAUGAUUCCAGUGCAUCCCCAGUCCCACCAUUUUCCCUGGAAUGUAAGGCUGCCUCACACCCCUUUUCUUUAUGAGCACGAGUCCAUGCAUAAUACAGCUAAGAGUCUUUGUAUGUCCCAGUCUCAUCACAAAUCUUUCCUUAACGCACACCAACUUAGACUAUGUUUUACCUUCCUCGUUACAGAGUUGCACAGGUAGCAGAAUGUUUUCAUUUCUGAUACUGGGACCAUUUUGCCUUGUACUUUUUUUUUUUUUUAAUCUUUUUCCAAAAUCCCCAUUCCGUUCACUAUUUGUCUCAGGGUAAAUCUUCCCCAUGGAGCUUGUGAAAAGUUUAAUAAUUGGGUGGAGAAUAAUUUAGACUGGAUAUUUAUUGGAUGUGGGAAUUAGGGGAAAUGUCCUUUAAAAAAGUAGAAUUAGGUUGGAGAGGGAUGGUUUCUACUC